AAUUGGGAACAUCUGAGCAACAAAUUGUCCUUGCUAAAGAUGGUGUUGGAGCCAAAAAGCCUACAGAUUUUGGGCCUGUUCUCCGCAGAGCAGCAGCCCUGCACGGAGUGAGAGCAGGAGGGAGGCCAUCCAUCCAUCCAUCCAUCCAUCCAUCCAUCCCUCUGGGAGGUGACGGCUACAGCCAAGUGAAAGCGGUGACGACGGUUAUCUCGGGUAUCUCCCCGCCUGGUGUCAGGUAGGCUGAGAUUUUCCACAUGCCUGGGAGCCAGGCGGCGGGAUGAGGUCCGGCAGAUAGGGACAGGGUGCUGACUUCCCCGAUAGCGUGAGAAUGCUGUGGCUCAGCGGGGGAUCAGAGGGGAGCCAGUGGGUGUCGGUGAUGUGGCAGCAUCUGUGCGUGCUCCUGGGCUGCUGCAGCCCAAAAUGGUGCCUGAGCUUAACGGGGUUGUGGUUUUUGGGGUGGGUGGGGGUCUGACGGGAGAACGAGCUGUUUCUCCAGCUGGGAUCAUCAUCGCAGACUAAGAGUAGGUUCCUGGAGGGUGUGAUUCAGAAAUAAAUUGAUGUAUAUUAUUUUCCUUUGAGGAACGGAAAUAUGAGCAUAGCCCAGGAGCAGGGGCUGCCCGAGACCUCUGGCACUUGCUUGGCCCAGCACUGCUCUUGCCUCUGGCCGCCUGUCGGCCAGCUGGGCACAGGCUGGAUGCAUGGGUCGCCCAGAGGAUUUUGAGGACUGUGGAAAAAAAGUGCAAAGAGUGCAAUUUUUUUUUUAUUAUCUUAGAAUGCCAAGAACCACCUUAUGUUUAGCACUUAAGCUCUCCAGUACAUUUUGGACGAGACUUUUGAAGAUACCUGGAUGCCUGAUUCCCAGGGUUACCUGUACGAAUACUGACCUCUGUGACUGGACAUUUGUGUAGGUAAAUGUCCGUGGCAUCACAAGAUGUGCCUGUUCUGCUCCUCAGUGCGAUGUUCAUCUUCACUUCUCUGCCCAUGGAGGGUUUCCAGCCUAUUUCCAUAGGAAUAAUCCAGUUCCUUGAGCGUGUGGAUGGUGUGGAGCCACGACAGCCCAUUGCCCAGGGAAGGCAACGGGGCGAUGGCAGUGCAGGUGGAUAUGGAAGUUCAGGGACUGCAGCAAGAUCAUUCAGGUCUGUAAACUGGAGCGGCGAGCACGGACGGGACGUUCUGAAGGGCUCGGUGGUGAGCAGUGAGUGGAGGAUUCUCGGAGGGGUUUGCCCCAGCUGCGGUGGGGUGUGGGGAGGCAGGUGACAGCAGCCGUGCACGGACAGAGUGAUGGAGCACAAUGUGCUGUGGCAGGAGGGAUGGCAGGUCCUCCCUGUCCUCUGCAGGAGGGCUCCCCAGAGCCUGGCCUGAGCCUUCCUCCGCCCCUUCCUGCGAUGCCUGCGCUGGUACCUGUGCUGCUGCGGGGACGCAGGCACCGCCUGUCACCUGCUUUCAGCGUGGGAUGCACGUUGCUGGAUGACACGGCAGGAACGUGCGGUAUUGAGGCCACGCUCAGCGCCGGGGGCAGGAGGAUGGGAAUUCAUUAGUGGCGCCGUGUCUUUUUUAAUCAGGAGGCAGGUGAUGCUCCUCCUUGGUCCUGGAACAGGGUGAGUGAUGGAAGGUGCUACAGGGAUGCACCCUGUGCGGGGAGGGCGGGUGGGGCUGGUGGUGUUUGAAAGGUUUCCAUACCAGGGAGAGGAAGGUGGUAUUAGGGGUGCCCUAGCAAGGGGUGGGAUGUGCAGAACGGACAAAUCAAGAAGAUACCCUGGGAGACCCCCACUGGGGGAACCCCCCGCGCAACACCCAGCCAUGUAGCUUGCAAUGCUGGGUGGCACAGCCCACCUAGGAGCAGCACCAGCUGCCGGGGGGUGGGGUGGGGGAGGGGGGGGGCAGUGAUCUCCUCCAGCUCUGACUCUGUCCUCUUGAAAUAUGACUUGCCAGGCAAAAAACUACAUUUCCCAGUUUCCCUUGCAGCCCAGGGGAAUAAGCAAUUGGAAGAUUUAAAUAGACCAGGCCAGAAGCAACCAACCUUUGGCACAACGCUUUUCCCUCCUCUUCUUCCAAUCUAUUGGCUGUUUAACCUUUUUCCCUGGCACUGAGUGGCUGCCAAGCCUGGCAUUAAUUUUCCUUCCAAGCUUGCUAGGCCCACGAAGUAAACAGCCAUGUGCAUUCCUUACUCUAUAUUUAACAGCUGCAGUCUGUGCUGGGGGCAACUGCAACAGAGGGGAACCUUCGUAGCUUCCCAAAUUCACAGCUCGUGAGGGUGGGAGUGGGGAAGCUUUCUGCAGGGAGAAGAGGAAUUUCUCUCCUUCCCAGUAUUUGCAAAGCAGGUUGCAUUAAAGGGAGACUGCAAUGCCAGCAUCCCAGCCGCGGUCCAGGGCGAGAGACAGGAACAAUGUCCUCAACAGGGCUGAGUUCCUCUCCCUAAAUCAGCCCUUGAAGGGGAACCAGGAGAGCAGGAGCUCCGGCAGAAAGCAGAGCGGCCAGGCCGGAGCGGCUGGUGCCCAGAACAGCAACCCCAAGGAGCGCAGGCAGUCGCAGCAGCUGCCCGAAGAGGACUGCAUGCAGCUCAACCCCUCCUUCAAGGGAAUCGCCUUCAACUCCCUGCUGGCCAUCGAUAUCUGCAUGUCCAAGAGGCUGGGAGUGUGUGCCAACAGAGCCUCCUCCUGGGGUGGUGCCCGCUCCAUGAUCAACCUCCUGGGGAUAACGGGGCACGGCAUCCCCUGGAUUGCGGGUACGCUCAUCUGCCUGGUGAAGAGCAGCACGCUGGCCGGCCAAGAGGUCCUCAUGAACCUGCUGCUAGCCCUGCUCCUGGACAUCAUGAUUGUGGCUGGUUUGCAGAAGCUGGCCAAGCGGAAGGGCCCGUAUGAUGUCAACCCUGGCUUGUUGGACUACCUGACCAUGGACACUUACGCCUUUCCAGCUGGGCACGCCAGCCGAGCAGCCAUGCUCUCCAAGUUCUUCCUCAACCACCUGGUCUUGGCCAUUCCUCUCCGGAUUCUGCUGGUCCUCUGGGCCCUCUGCGUGGGCUUCUCCCGAGUCAUGAUCGGCCGGCACCACAUCACAGAUGUCCUCUCUGGCUUUGUUUUUGGCUACUUACAGUUCAGGCUGGUGGAGUUGAUAUGGAUGUCUUCCAACACGUGUCAGAUGUUGAUAUCCAUCUGGUGAACAUGGGGGACUUGACACCUUUCCACUGGAAACUAGCGGAUACUUUAAGAGUCUCCCUCCCAGUAUUUUCUACAUGUUGUCUGUUGGAAGCAGUUGUAACUUCCACGAGUAGUGGCGUUUUUUAAUGUUGCUUCCCCACCUGGGGGAAAAAAAAUAUAUGUUUAUUACAAUGGAUUGGGUUUUAGCAGUCAAGGGCCGUACCUGUGUUUUGGCCCUAUUCUCAAGCUAUGUUUGGACAGCAACUUAAUUAAGCUUUACGGGUCAGAGAAAUGAGCUACAUGUCUGCCUAGUUUAGGGGGUUCACAUUGGCACCUUGAGAUGUCUUCAGGAUGGGCAGCGCCUGAAAGCUUCCUGAGAACAUCUUCAUUAACUUUUUUGAGGCUAAAUGAUUUUGGCCACAGUGCUUUUUCUUUUUGUAAGCCCAGCAGUUGUGUCUUGUACAGAGUCAGGACACUGCCGGCACUUCACAGAUAAUAAAUAAUCGUAAAAAUCC